UGAACCUCGCGAGGACGACAUACGGUACACCAUGCAGCUGUGCCGAUGGGUUUUGAAACCGAUCGGCAUCUGGCAUCUGAUCUACGGUCACUUCUCACAGUACGACAGGCUCCUCUCGGUGAUCCUGAUCGUCACCUGCUUGUCUACCCUGUGCUUUGUCCUGAUACCGUCCGGUCUGUACACACUGCUCCGCGAAAAGGACAUCAACGUGAAAGUCAAGCUGUUUGGUCCGGUCGGAUUCUGCCUGACCUCCACGAUUAAAUAUUGCUACCUCGGGGCGCGCGCGACGUCGUUCGGGAAGUGCAUUCAUCAUGUCGAGGAUGACUGGCGGGCGGUGCGGGACGAAGAUCACCGCAAGAUCAUGCUGAAUACGGCGUCAACGGGCCGCAAGAUCACCAUGUUGUGCGCGCUUUUCCUUUAUACCGGCGGCUUGGCUUACCACACGAUCUUGCCGUUGUCUUCCACAAUAAAGGUCAAUGGCAGCCUCAUUAUCAGAUCACUCCCUUAUCCCGGCUACGACAUAUUCUUCGACUCCGAAGCCAGUCCCGCUUACGAGAUCGUGUUUUGCAUCCAUUGUCUGUACGCACUGGUCACGUACAACAUCACCACAGCGGCGUGCAGCUUGGCCUCAAUUUUCGUGACCCAUGCAUGCGGGCAGGUGCAGAUACUGACGACGCAUUUAAAUAAUCUGGUCAACGGGAAAAGGAACGACGACAACACCACCGUGGAGAAACGUCUGAGAGUGAUAACGAGGCAUCAUGUGCGAGUGCUAAGAUUUACAGCCGACGUGGAGGAAGUGUUGCGCGAAAUAUGCUUAAUGGAACUGGUGGCUGCGACCUUGAUCAUAUGCUUUUUGGAAUACUAUUGCAUGAUGUACAGCAAAAUUGAUUCAGCCGCAUACGCAGUUAAUUGGUACGAUUUACCUGGACAUAAAGCUCUAAACCUCGUAAUGAUUAUCACGAUAUCACAUUAUCCACCGAAACUUACUGCUGGCAAAUUCUUCGACUUAUCCCUCAAUACUUUCAGCACGGUACUUAAGACGUCCGUAGUAUAUUUUAAUUUACUUCGGACGGUUACCGAAUAGAAAUUCCAUUUUUUUGUAGUUCUCAAU